AUGUCAUUCACUAGAAAACAUGUUGUAAUUAAUUGGUCCUACAGUCUAAAUAAUUCGGUAAUCUCCCGUGUUGAAAUGAUAGUUGACUUAGGUUUUAAGUUCAACAGUUCUCUUGAUCCGGGACCGCAUAUCACUAUGAUAUGCUGUAAAGCUUACAAAAUGCUUGGGUUCUUAAAGAGAUUGGCUCACGACUUUAAGCUAGGACUAUCUUUAAAAAUUCUUUUUUGUUCACUUGUCCGUCCAAUUUUAGAGUAUGGUGCUGUUCUUUGGAAUCCACAAACUGCAGGCCACUCUCGACAACUUGAAAUGGUACAAAGAAAAUUCCUUAGUUUUGCUGGGUUUAUUCUAAAUAUACAUCAUCAGCCUCAUGAUUACGUCCCUGUUUCCGAAUUCCUCAAUAUUGACACCCUUUCUAAUCGGAGAAUUACUCUAGGGUUUAAGUUUCUAAAUGGAUUGAUAUCAGGUAACAUAGAUUCGCCUUACCUAUUAAGCCUAAUUAAUUUUAGAGUACCUCAACGUAAUUCUCGAAAUAAUGCUCCUUUCUACGUUCCUUCUUACACCUCCAAUUAUUUAGCGAACGAACCUAUCACAAGAAUUAUGUCUCUUGCCAAUGCUGACGCCUCCCGCCUCUGUUAA